CACAGCCUUCGCACGCCGCGCCCCAUGCCCCGCUUCUAGGCGCUGCCAGCAUGGCGUCCAGCAGCCGCAACGCCGCCGCAGGCAGCAGCGCGCCCAGCGGCAGCAGCUCCAGCGGCCAGCUGCCCGCCGGCCAGCGCGCACAGGCCACUGCGCUGCACUCAGCAGCGGCAUCCGCCGUGGCCGCAGCCGCUGCAGCCCAGCAGCCGCACGCCACAUCCUUGCUCGGAGUGCCAGGGCUGGGCAGUGCGGCUUCUCAUGCUUCAGCGCCCGCCCCUGUGCCCGGCCUCGAGCUGCCGCCUCUCGGCGCCGUGGCCACGAGCACGCCGACGCCGUACCGCGGCGCGCGCACGCCCUUUCCGCUGCCGCUGGGCGCAGACCAUCUGGGCGCAAAGGAGAGCUUGGGACAGAGAACGCACCGGGAUGAAGAGCGUCGCUGCUUCUAUCUGCUGCUGUCUCCGGACCUGCACAUCGUGCAUGCAGAUCCCGCGCUGCCGGCGCGCGUCGCGGCAGGUCUGCCCUCGCUGCCAUUUGCGCAGCUCGUGCACCCUCGCGAGCGACGGCGGGUGGGCGAGGAGAUGCGAACCAUCGUCGGUGCGAAGAACACGUUCGGGAGCGUCACGCGAUGCCGUUUCCGUUCGCAGUCCGCCCUGCGCAGCCUCGUGUCACAGCACGGCGCCAGCUCUGCGUCCACUCGCGAGUCGCCAGAGGAAGACUCGAGCGCGGCGUGGCUGCCUGUCGACAUCGUCGUGAACUACAUCGGCGAGGAGUUGGCUCUGGCGUUCUGCCACGCCGUCGUCGACCGCAGUGUGGAGGACAACGACGAGGAGCACAAGACGUCGUGGAGCAACUGGUGUGGCUCUUCAGAUAGCGUCUGGGACGAUGAGCAAUGCGAGAGAGCUUGGACGAACGUCCUGCGAGCUCAGCCGGCGCACAGCCAGGCGCCGCAGUCCGGCACGAGCAUUCUCAGCGGCGCAUCAUACGUCUUCCAGAUUCUCUCCGCCGGCCUCCGUCCGAAGAUCCUGCUCAGCUGGCCGCCGCCUCGGCUGUACCCAUCGUCCGAGUAUCCAGCAGCGACGGCGCCGUACACAGAUGGAUCCUACUUCGCGUCUGACUUUGCUGCUCUGGCACAAGGAGUAUCAGCGUCGUCGCGAGGCGCAUCCGACGCCAACACGUCGUGCACGCGUCGCUUCCGCGCCCGACACACGCUCACGAGCGAGGCGAGACUGCGCACCAUCGAGAGCGUGCUCAUCCCCUACGGCGACGUCGUGCUGGCGUGCUUCAGCACCACGUUCGACCAGCCGCUGGCGGGCGCUCUGCCGCCGGGCCCGGAAAGCGUGCCUCUGCAGCCGCCGCCGCCCAAGCUGCCUACUCCGCCGCCAAGCAUCAAGACCGCGACAGCAGCGAUAGCACCGUCUGCAGCCAGUGCAUCGGACAGCAAGGAUGCACCACCGCCUGCCAAGAAGCGCAAGGCUCGCCGCAGCAAGGCGGAUACAGAUGCCCCGCCGCAGCUGCGUGCCCCUCGCCCGAACACUGGCGGUCCGAACGCGGUGCAGCAUCGCGAGCCGCUGCCGCGAGCUAUGCCAAAGUGGAUGCCUCCGGAGGCCAUUGCUGCCCUGAGCGGGCCCAUCGCUGCAGCAGAUGUGGCCUCUGCAUCGUCGUCGAGCUCUCGCGACGCGCUUGCCUCGCUCGCAGCUGCUGCGACGCAGAGUACGACGGCGAGCGGCGAGGUCGAGGCGCAGACCGAGGGUGCAGAGCGCACCGAGGACAAGGCGUGCUCGAGCUGCGGCACAGGCAACAGCCCAGAGUGGCGCAAGGGCCCGACGGGAGAGAAGACGCUCUGCAAUGCGUGCGGACUGCGCUACGCCCGCUCCAUCGCCCGCAAACGCAAGAAGGAGGAGAGCACGAAGCGAGUCGCAGACGGCACGGCCGAGCAGGGCCCUUCCGCGUCCUCGUCAGGCGCUGCCGCGUCGACUUCGUCUAGCAACAAGAAGCAGAAGGGCAAGGCCCGUAAGCAGGCUUCGCCAGUGCCGCAAGCUCCACCUCAGACCGGCGCUCACGCUACUGCUGCUACCGAGACAUCUGCCUCUGCCUCCGACGCAACCCCCACUUCACUCGCACCAGCAGCCGGCGGGAUGGAGGUGCUCAUGCCUCCGCCGCCCUCUUUCACACCCGUGCCAUCACAGCAGUCAGUCGGCAGCCUGCCGCUCGUGUUUACGCCUUCCGGUGCCGUCGCAGACGCCGAGGCGACGACGGCAGCCUCCUAUGACUACGCCAAUUCCUCCGCCUUUGCUCUCGCGCAAGCCGCCGCCGUGGCCGCCGCAGCCGCCGGCCUCGAGCCUUCGUCCGAAGCGGCCGAGUCCGGGCGUCUCUUUGCACUGGCGGCGCAGCACGACGCUGCGCCGCGCCACGCCGCGCUGGGCGCGUACGGCGACCGGCCGCCGCAUGCUGCCAUGCAGCAGGCCCUCUCGAGCUCGACGGCGGACGCCGGCUCGAGCACUGUGGCGCCUGCUGCCAUGUGAAGCCAACUUCCCUCAUUGCUGCCCCAGAACAGAGCAUCCUGAUCCCUCGCAGCCCGCCUCUGCGCGCGCACCAGCCUCUGUCCCUCCUGUUCCCUUCGUCACCGCCGCCCGCGCCAUGCUCGGCACUCCUGUAUCGUACGCAGCCCACUCUGCCGCUCUUGCCCCUCCUCAAUGCUUACUCGGGUC